ACCAUGUGGAGCAGCAAGAUGGCGGCGCAGUGGCGGAAAGAAGACGGGGGUUUAAACGCCGGUAACAGCGACUUUCUGCGCGUCAACGCCUCAAACGAGUUCAGCCUGUGUGGGGGCGACGUGGUGGGCUUGGAGAUGGACCCUCAGUCGUGUAUGGAUCACUCCAUUCUUGCCAUCUUUGAUGAGCCUGCAAUUUCAUCAGAGGACAAGAGGGGAGUGGAGGAUGAGACGCUGCUGUCCGCUCUGACUGAGAUGCUGGACUGUGUGGAGGAUGACGUGGAGAUACUGUCACCCUUCGACAUGCUGCCAGACACCAAGCUGCUGAACUACCAGCAGUGCAGGGACAAGACAAAGGAAGGACUGUUCGUUGUUGAGAAACCUAAGGUUCUGAAUUCCCCAUUCAUUACGAGAAAUGAUUCAGGAAAGGGAAAAGAGGACUGUCAGCAGCUCAGCAAGUCCGGAAACCAGAGUCCAGUGAAAAAACCUGCGCAGGAUGAAGUGGAGAUCUUCACCUCCAUGUCUCUGGUCAACCUGGUGAAGAUCAUGCACCCGUACUGCCUGAAGCUGGAGGUGGAGGAGAUAAGAGGUUCUGCAUCGUCUCAUGAGAGUAAGAAAAGUACGUUGUUCUCCAAAGAAGAGGUGUGGAAGUACAAGCGUCCCUCUGGCGACAGUGAUGAGGAGAUCAAUGUUGUUUCUGAUGACGACGAUGAGCCUCUAGUGCACACAGAAGACGAGCAUGGAUAUGCAAAGAAGUAUCAGUGCAAACCACUGAGGAGUGUGCUGGUGAAUAGACACUCUCCCAGAACUCAGCUGGUCAGGGAGAAGAAGAAAGUGAGCUUCGGCCAAGUCCACGUGGUUUCGUAUGAUGAAUUUUUGGAGCCUGAUUGUGGAAAUUUAAGGGGAGUAUUGGAGCCACAUCUUGCUCAGGAGAAUCCCAGCAACUCACCAGAGGCGGCUCCAGAACUCACCACCAAGGCCAGUGAAGACUCUCCACCCAAAGCCAAAGCGCUCAGCCUGCAACAGUACCGACAGCUGCGGCACAAGAGGCUGCCUCCCGUGGAAAAGCAGAGGAACCAAACCAAGUGGCCUUCUGUUCCAGAGCCUCCCAAGGAACUCACCCCCAUUUUGUGUUUACAUGACCAAAACAGUGUCACACCAAAGACCUCAUGGACUCCCACAGACUGCAUCAGGAUCAGCACUUCACAAGACCAAAGCUUGACGCUUUCAGGUCCCCUUAACUGUUUGGACCCGGCAGGGACCGCUCCUCGCGUGCCUCUACCUCACUGUCCGACAACUAAAUUGAGUCUAAUUCCACAGCGCAAAAAUGCGCAUGUUUCUAAAAGUCCGAGCAAGAAAUCACCCAGCGUAGAUCCUCCAAAUCCAGUACUUCUCCCCCUGACCUCGGCUCUGCCCAAGGUGGAGUCCAACUCAGAGAUGAGCGCUCUGGGAAUCAGAUCUGACUCCAGAAGGACACAUUCUGAAGCGAGUUCAGGCCCGAAUGUUUCGGAAGUAUCUGGUGCCACAGCACAAACCACGAGUCAGUCUACUGACACGCACUUACCUGGACUAACAUGCGAGUCAUGUCCAACUAGCAAGUCUGCUAAGCCUAAAUUGAGUACUGUACCAGUGCAGAGUGGCAUCAAGGUUCCCAUCAGUAUCUCGCCUCCAGAGGAGCCACCACCGUUACUUAGGCAAGACCAGACUUCCACAUGUGACUCAGGAAUUGAAGCUGCGGACGUCACCAGCCUGCUGGAACAAUUUGAGGAGAAACAAGCUAAGGGGAAGCACGAAAGUGAGACCUCCAAUUCUACUGGGACUGCUUCUCCUUCACAAACCCAGGACCGCAGUGUUGAAUCGGGUCAGACCUUCCUACCCUCACUCAUGCCUGUGGUGGCAGCUGAGCCCUCACAGGAAGUCCAGAGACAGGUGGACUUCCCUGCGUCUGUCCCUGCUGAGGUCACUGUGAGCACUCACGGUGGGAGAGCGCCACAUCGGACCUCUGCUGUAUCCAAGGCCAUCCAGAUCAUUGACCCUCGCCCUCUCCCCAGCAGGAAGAUUAGUAGUUGCACCUCAGAGCUUUCUACCUCUCACACAUGCCAGACUGUCUCCUCAGACCAUGAUUACUGUGCUCCCUCAAGUGCCACUCUGAGUUACAGAGUCAAGACUCCUAGCAGCAGUGUCAAAGCUGAUAAGAACCACUGUACCUCCGCUCGAAACAACACCUUCAAUCCCGAGGACUUGGAGACAGACCUGUCCUUGUUAGACUGCGAUCAUCCAUGUGGUCUCCCAACGCCCCCCCCCAGCCCGCCAAGCCGAGGCAGAGAGAAGAGGAGAUACCGCUGCAGGUCCAGGCGCUCUGACUCCAGCUCCUCCUCUUCGUCCUCGUCGUCAUCAUCAUCAGGCUCUUCCUCCUGCUCCCGCUCUCCCAAGAGAUCACGACGGUCACAUAGCAGUUCAGGUUCUUCAUCUCGGUCCCGUUCCCCACCACCUCACUACAGACUGUCCUGUCCCAGAUCGGGCGGCAGCAGGUCACGAUCCAGGUCUUGGUCGCGGUCCAGGUCGCCAUCACCAUCGCUGGCUUAUUUUAGGCAAAGAAGGAAUGUGUACAGGAGCAGUCGAGAGAGCAGGAAACUGCAACGGGAACACGAGUUGAGCCUUCAGAAGCUCAAAGCCAUUGACGAGCGCAGGGUGGUUUAUGUCGGCCGCAUUCGCCGGUCCAUGACCCACGAUGAACUGAGAGAGCGCUUCUCUCAGUUUGGUGAGGUGGAAUGUGUGUCCCUGCACUUCAGAGACAAAGGCGACCAUUACGGCUUUGUGACUUUCUUCCACACGCAGGAUGCUUUUUCGGCUAUUGACAACGGUGUGAAGCUGCGGCGGCCUGAUGAGCUGCCAUUCGACAUCUGCUUCGGUGGAAGGAGGCAGUUUUGUAAAUCAAGCUAUGCUGAUUUAGAUGCAAACAGAGGGCCAGACUUGUUUCCAGCUCGGAGCAGAUUCGAGGAACUGGACUUUGAUUCUCUGCUGAAAGAAGCCCAGAGAGGAAAAAGGGAGGCAGCGGCUCAGUGCUGAACACAAAUGUCAAAGAAGUUCCUGGAAAUACGUGUUUUCAUUUUGAGCCUUUUCCUCUGUAAUUUUGUAGCAAUUAUUCGUGUCAGCAAGUGUAAGUUAAAUCACUUUCUUUGGUUGUCUUCCAUUCCAUAGCACUAACACUAUUUUGUAUGUACGUUUUAUAUGUGAAAAAUAAA